AGGAUCCUCCCUGAGUUUCUACAACCUCAUAUAUUUACUUAAACCGUCCCUCGCGGGACGCGUCUCGCUUUUUUCUCUGUUUCCUUUUUUGCGCACCUGAAGCCUGAGCGUCCCAGAGCCAUGCGCACCCCGGGCAUCAUCAUCUUCGGCCUGGUUCUGGCUCCGUGCGGCUGGAUCCUGGACCUGACCAGCACGGUGGCGCCCAACUGGCGCACCCUGACCUCCGUGUCCGGCCAGCCUCAGGACACGGUUUACAACCAGGGCAUAUGGGACAUGUGCAAGAGCUCCACCACGUCCACCACCGUGACCUGCAACCAGGUGGACACACUCUACUUCAACAACCAGAUCAUCCCCAUCGCUAAGGGCAUGAUGGUCGCCUCGCUGAUUGUGACCCUGAUCGGUCUUGCGGUGGUCACCCCCGGUGCGCGCUGCUGGCGGGACCGCCCGCCCCGCUGGGCCCUCACCUCCUUCGGCGCGGUGCUGAUCUUCUGCUCAGGUGCGCUGACCAUCAUCCCCAUCGCGUGGUACACGUACCUGAUGCCCUCACUCAACUCGACCUACAGCUCCACCUCCACCAACAACGUGGGCUACUGCAUCGUGCUGGGCUAUAUUGGAGGCAUCUUGGAGGUGCUGGCCGGCAUCGUGCUCUUCGUGGGAGUCUGCAGGUGCUGCAACGGGAAGAACCGCGGGGAGAAGGCAAGCUCCGCCCCGGUCAGGGCCAGGACCACCAACACCACCACCACCAACCAGUUCAGACCAGCGCCCAGAGCCUACCCGCGCGCCAACGUGGAAAGCGUCCCCAGCAGCAGGUCCUCCACCGCGCCCUCCUCCAGAAGCAACGACGAUGUGAACGACUAUCCCAGAGCCAAUUACCAAAAAAGCAGGGGGGUUGUGAACCCCUCUUUCAAAGGCCAGCCCUACGAUGCGGAUCUGUAAUCUGUAUAUCAGUACUGAGAACUUCAUGGCUCAAUGAUGGGUGGGUGACCUGUAUAGUAAGUGACCUGUAGGACUGUGGACCCAUGCAUGCACUGUGAGAUCUUUUCUUAACCAUCCAACAUGAAAACCAUAAAUAUAAAGCUAAAUACCUACCAUACUUACAUACCAAGAGAAACCCAUCAGGAACCCAACAAACACAAACCUUUAAAUAAUUGAAUCCAGUAAAAAAAAAAACAGUUGGGUGUAAGGUAUAAGGGUAAGGAGGUAACUAAGUGUACUCCACCCGGCUGAAAAACCCAGUCUGGAUCACCCACUCUAGUUUGGGCUGGUAGUCGGUUUUAAGUCUAAAAGUUAUGGUCUUUUAUGGUCAAGAUAGUUGAACAGCUGCUGCAUCCAAAUGAAAACACAAUGAAACAAAUAUAAUCUACUGUAAAGCUAGAUUUUUUUUUCCAAUUCGAGACCAGGUUAUGUUGUUUAUCUGUUUAAAAUAAUGUAAACUUAACUCAUCAAAUUCAACUGAAGACAUACUCUAGUACUGUAUACUGUCGAAACCAGUCAACCAGUUUAACCAGCUUGACUAGCUUUAGUUGGCCAAGCUCAGAUUUUUUUUCAGCUGGGUGUCAUGAUUGUUGGUAGCUUUCUCCAAACAUUUUUUAGAUGCCCCAAACAAUCCAUCUCUUCAUCCCAUGGUUUAAUGUAAUGAAGUAUACAAUAGAUUAUCCAAACCAAGCUGCUAUGAGUGAUGCUAUAGAGUGGUACUAUUAAAGUAUCAUGCUACUAAACAACUUUUGUAAGAGAUAUACGAGUGUAAAGAUUUUUUUCUGAAGGCUUGAUAUUAACUUCUUGACACUCCUACAUUAUUAUUUUUUUAAAUUGCUGUUUUAUGGCAUCACUAAAGGAUUCCUUUGUAGCACCUUUAUUUUUAAGAGAGUAUCAUAAAUGUGAAACUUUUCUAUUAUCUAUGAUCUAUUGAUUUUUCACAUGUGCUGUUUGCAUACAGAGUGUAACUUUAGUGUAAACACUUUUUCUGUUUUCAAUUACAUAAUGUGACAUGUUGAAAAAAAAAAUCACAUACAACUGGAAUUAUGUUACACGUUUUUUUUAUCCAUUUUGUUUUAAGAGAGUUUACAUGAACACAAUAAUCCAAUCAUAAUCCAGUUUCCAGUUCAGUUAGUCAUUUAACAGAUAUAUUUUAUUUAAGUGGUCAUGUUAACCAUAUAAUCUUAUCUUGGAUUGGAUUAAAAUUGAUUAUAUUGGCCUAGAAAUCUGAUUAAGAAUUCUGAGAUACAGGGAGCUGGAUAUAUUUUUUGUAGAAAUUGGAUUAUUGCCUGAUUUAUGUAAUCCAUAAAUUCUUCUAUGAUCUAUUGAAUGAAUGUAAACAUGUUGCAUUGAUUGGAUUACUGACAAUAUCUAUUGUCUGCAGUUAUCUGAUUAAUGAGUGCAUUUAAACUGAUGCUUUAUUGGAUUAUUACUGGAUUUCUAGGCCUUAAUCUGAUUUAAAAUCUGAUUAUAAAAUUGGAUUAUUGAGUGCAUGUGUACCUACCCACUGUUGUCCUCUGCUUUACUGCCCCCUUAAACACCACUGUUGUUUAAUUACAGAACUGUAGAACCUGUCAACAAUCUAAACCCUUAAUCUGAACCCUGUGUUUCCCAUAAAUAAUGUUUUAUUAUUAUAGUCUUAUAAAUCUGAGUGACUGUUUACAGCUGCCUGACGGACAGCUCUCUCUUCCUGCGCUGACGGUUUGAAGAAGGCACUCCACCGGUGGACUGAAUGAAUGAAGGAUUGAAUUGAAUGUUCAUGCUGUGAAGGAACAUCAAUGUGUACGAGAACCUGGGGUACUAUCCAAUCAGAUUCUUGUUAUUUAUUUUGUGAAAUGUAAAAAAAAAAAAAAAAAAAAAAAAAAAAAAGUUACCACAAGAAAACUGGUUUGAUCUGAAAUGUUUAGCGUCAUGCUCACAUGAUGUUUCACACUGGGUGACUUUAGCAUUCUUGUAAUGCUUGAUGCUUUAACUCUGUAAAUAGAGCUAUGUUUUGAAUAUUGAGCCUCUUGGACAAACCUCAGGUAUAUUCAUGUGUUACAGUGUAAAUAAAAAUAAAUUAAUUAAUUAAACUGUAA